GCGUAUUCCCCUUGUGUACCUUGAUUCUUUGACUGUGUUGUUCCAACUUAAGCAUCUCUCGCAUACGAAGUGCCUCUGUUUCUGCUCUGCCAUGUCUUGAGGGUACAUGCACGGCUCCUAUGAGACUUGGUGCAAGGCAGUGGUGGAAUGACACACGGAGCCCCCCAAGGCGCGCGUUGUCUCGUCUGCGUGAACUCAUUGCUUGUUCUCGGCAACUGUAGCCCAGCCCGCUUCGCUUCUUCAGCACCAGUGCACAUCCAAUUACUGACAUGCACGUUAUGUGAAAAUACCGUGCAACUUUUCUACCAGUAGCAUCUGCUCCACCAGUUAGCAGAUUUCCAGCGUAGCAAGUAGGGCAGGUUAUCAUCAGGUGAAGGUAGCGAGGUCGAUCCCUGCUUCUCCUUCAGAGUAGCUGUCCGCAGUCUCGUCGCCCCCCUCUCGAGCCUCGUGCAUAAUCCUCGUCAUAUGUCGCCUAGACGGGCACCAGAUCAGUAGCAUCCCUUUCCAAGCAGUGCCACAGGGAAACCCCAGCCGUCUGACGGUGCCUGAACCGGAUUUCCAGGAACUACAUCCAGCUGAAGUCUCUUGUAGAGUCACUCAGUUGCUUUUACAGGAUGUCGGUGAGUAACUGCGCACCCGCGUCGAAGGCAGGAGAAAGUGCCGCGUCGGGACCGGCACACCGGACACAAACUCCUCGGUUUGAAUGGAUGCAGAGUGGAGAACGUCUCGGCCUCACCUUUUUCGUCAAACAUCUAACCCCUCAAGACAUCCUGGCUUGUGAGUUCAAGCCUCGAGAGUUCUGCUUGCGCCUGCUCGUCCCUCCUCUGCCUCUGCCUUCUUCUCCCGGCGCGCCCACUCCAGAAGUGAAAGCCGAAGACAAGACACCCUACGUUUUCCAAAUUGAAAAUCUCUUCGAGGACAUCCUUCCAGAGGAAUCCAAGUAUACUCUCAGUCAGACGAAGAUCGAAGUUUCGCUGAAGAAGGCACGCUCAGGCUUCCACUGGCCGUCGCUGGAGGCUCCACGAGACGGACAGGCUCUGCCGCCGCAACCCAUCCAUGUAGACAUGAAGAACGGAGCUGAGAGACUGAAGGAGGAGGAAGGCAGAAUGCAGCCUGCAGACAUGCCGCCGAGUCAACCUGCGUACCCUUCUUCCAAGAAGAAGGUCGACUGGAAUCAAAUCGAGAAAGACAUUGACGACGAGCUGAAAAACGACGAAAACGAUGGCGAGGCGGCUCUUCAAAAACUGUUUCAACAGAUUUACGCAAAUGCCGACGAAGACACCCGGCGCGCCAUGAUCAAGUCUUAUCAAACAUCCGGUGGCACUGUUCUUUCAACCAACUGGGACGAAGUCAGAGGCAAAAACUACGAACAGAGCGUGACGGCACCCGAGGGCCAGGAGGUCCGCCGGUGGACUCAGUCGUGA